CUACGUUUUAAUUUCCAUUUCCUUGUUGGAACUUGUUACUGCAUUUAGACAUUCGACAUCAUAAUUUCCCCAUCUUCUUCUCUGAUCCUGAUAAGUAAGAAUGGCAUCCCAUGGCAAUGGGCUGGCGAAGAUCGAGACACAGAAGAUGAAAGAAGAUAAGAUCAUAUGCCACGAUGAUAGCGCAGUUCCAGUGACAGCUCAGACAGAGGACGAGUUGCAUUCCCUUCAGAAGAAGAAAUCUGGACCCAAUACCCCUAUCAAGGAUAUUCAGAGUGCCUUUGGCAUCCCCACUACUGAAGUUGAGCGACAGAAACAACAACUCCAAUCCAUCAGUGCAUCAUUGGCAUCAUUGACAAGAGAGACGGGACCAAAGGUUGUGAAAGGAGACCCUAGGGUGGAGACGCCCAAGUUGGUGCAAGCCUCUCAGCCUAAACACACUGCAGCACCUAACAUUACUGAUAGUGCUCUCAAGUUCACUCACAUCCUCUAUAAUCUUUCCCCUGCUGAGCUGUAUGAGCAAGCAAUCCAGAAUGAAAAGGGCUCAUUCAUCACAUCAAGUGGUGCUUUGGCCACACUUUCUGGAGCCAAAACUGGCCGAUCCCCAAGAGACAAGCGCGUUGUUAAGGAUGAAACCACUGCAAAUGAACUUUGGUGGGGAAAGGGUUCACCUAACAUUGAAAUGGACGAACAGACUUUCUUAAUCAACAGAGAAAGAGCCGUUGAUUAUCUAUGCUCUUUGGAGAAGGUUUUCGUGAAUGAUCAGUUUCUCAACUGGGAUCCAAACAAUCGUAUCAAAGUUAGAAUUGUAUCUGCCAGAGCCUAUCACUCCUUGUUCAUGCACAACAUGUGUAUCCGACCCACUCCUGAAGAGCUAGAGAAUUUUGGUACUCCGGACUUCACAAUAUACAAUGCUGGGAAAUUCCCAUGUAACCGUUACACUCACUAUAUGACUUCCUCCACUAGCAUAGACAUCAAUCUUGCUAGGAGAGAAAUGGUGAUCCUUGGCACACAGUAUGCUGGCGAAAUGAAGAAAGGUCUCUUCAGUCUAAUGCACUAUUUAAUGCCUAAGCGCCAGAUUCUCUCUCUGCAUUCUGGCUGCAAUAUGGGAAAAGAAGGAGAUGUAGCCCUCUUCUUUGGAUUAUCAGGAACUGGGAAGACUACAUUGUCUACAGACCAUAAUAGGUACCUAAUCGGAGAUGAUGAACAUUGUUGGAGUGAUCAUGGUGUUUCGAACAUUGAGGGUGGUUGUUAUGCAAAAUGCAUUGACUUGUCAAGGGAGAAGGAGCCUGAUAUUUGGAAUGCCAUCAAGUUUGGCACCGUGUUGGAAAAUGUGGUUUUUGAAGAGCGUACUCGACAAGUGGACUAUGCGGAUAAAUCAGUAACAGAGAACACAAGGGCAGCAUAUCCAAUUGAAUACAUCCCCAAUGCUAAAAUACCAUGUGUUGGUCCUCAUCCUAAAAAUGUCAUUCUCCUAGCCUGUGACGCGUUUGGUGUGCUCCCUCCAGUCAGCAAGUUGAACUUAGCACAAACAAUGUACCACUUUAUUAGUGGCUACACAGCUUUGGUGGCAGGAACCGAGGAUGGAAUUAAGGAGCCUACAGCAACAUUUUCAGCAUGUUUCGGUGCAGCAUUUAUAAUGCUUCAUCCGACAAAAUACGCAGCAAUGCUAGCUGAGAAAAUGCAGAAACAUGGAGCUACGGGAUGGCUUGUGAACACUGGAUGGUCAGGUGGAAGCUAUGGAUCAGGUGGUCGUAUUAAGUUAGCAUACACAAGAAAGAUCAUUGAUGCUAUUCACUCAGGAGAACUUUUGGAAGCAAAUUACACGAAAACUGAGGUGUUUGGGCUUGAAAUCCCAACUGAACUUGAGGGAGUUCCUUCACAGAUUCUGGAUCCAGCGAACACUUGGCCGGACAAGAAUGCGUACAAGGAAACUCUCAUGAAGCUGGGAGGUCUGUUUAGGAAGAACUUUGAGGUGUUCGCAAACUACAAGAUUGGAGCUGAUAACAAUCUGACUGAGGAGAUACUGGCUGCAGGUCCCAACUUCUGAGAUUGAGUUACAUUUUAAUGUAGCUUAGUUAAGAGAGUUAAUUUUAUUCAUAACCCAACUUGUCUUGUUUCUGUCUUCACAUUCAUUUUCUUUUUCUUUUUUUCUUUAACUUCAUUCACUAUUACUGUAAUUUACUUGGUCUA